GAGACCUCAGUAGUCAGUACACACCAGUUUCAGUGUUGCCAACCAUACCAAAAAACCCGAUUUCCAUGUCUUCUUAAUUUCAUUGUUGUAACUUAACUUAUACAAGUCGUUGCAAAACCAGCUAUCGUCUGGCUGAGACAACAAAUCCGAAGAUGCCACUGUUAUCAAUCAUGAGUAAUGCCUGCUGCAAGAAUCCAUCUCCAGUAUUCCUAUCAUCGACAAAGGGCUACAACGUCAAGGAUCGCGAAAAUCUACGAGGACAUCCUGCAGAAACGCGAAAUGUAGAGUGCAAAACUAAAUCAUCAUUUAAAGUUCAUCAAGCUGCCAAGAGUUUUGUCAUUUCUCCAUUAGUGGCUGCACUUGUAGCCUUAUCUCCCCUCUGCCAUCCCCCAUUAUCACGCAGGUCAGAGGUUGUUAUCACAAAGGACAGUCAUAGAGGGGCAGACCUAUUUAACAAGGCUUGUAUUGGAUGCCAUUAUGCAGGUGGAAACAUAAUUCAGCCUGGUGCGACACUCUUUCUAAAAGAUCUGCAGAGGAACGGAGUCAAUUCAGAAGAGGAAAUAUAUCGCGUCACAUAUUACGAAUGCCUGGCUUCGGAGAGAAAUGCACACCACGGGGACAAUGCACAUUUGGGGCACGGCUUCAAGAUGAAGAGAUUAAGGUGCUAGCCAACUUUGUCAGGCAGGAAGCUAUUCAAGGUUGGCCUAAAGUUGAAAAUUCAGCUGGAGAUUAACCUUCUAUGUAGAUUUCAUCAACUAAUAUGUAGCUCCACUACUUUGAGAGACUGUUGGAAUGAGUAAGAUAGUCACUGGGGUUGACUGCACUGUAUGCACAGAGAAUCUUUGCACAGGGUAGAUCUUAUACUCCCUAAACCAGGUACUGGCGGUUAUGCUCUCUUCUCAAAAACUGAACUCAUUUUCUUUAUGUAACCUUGAUUGAUAAGCAAUAAUUAAACUAGAAAUACUGUAGUUGCAAUA